AUGAAUAAAAGUAUAUAUACGGGAAAUGAAAAACAGAAUGGACAUCAUGUUCAACAUAUACCAUUAGUUUAUCAAAAUUAUGCACAUAAUCAUCGAUAUCAUCCAUUUUCUGAAGGGAAUAAUAUUAUUUCUAUCGAUGAACUAACAGAAUUAAAUGUCAAUUCACCGGUGAAUGUUGAUUGUAAUAAUGCAAUGUUAAAUUCACAUUCGAAUUCGUAUAGAGGUUCUCAUUAUCAUCCUAAGAUGCUAUACAAUCGACAAUUUUCUUCUUACCAGAGUCCUAAUUUUUUAUAUACGGACAAUUUUCAUUCUAUAGACGCACCGCCUAUUAUGAGUGAAGAUUCUAAAGCUUUUCACAGCAUGAGUAUGCCAACUACAGUAAAUGAUUAUUGCCUUUCUAGGAAUUAUUCUGUUGAUUCUUUCGGUUCAUUUUAUGAUUCUAGUUUUCUUGGAUAUUCUGUUUAUAAAAAAAAAGAUCCACAUAUGUCGUUUUCCGAGGAACCUUUUACAUCUCUCAGUAUCUUUGAUAAUAAACAACUUUUGGAGAAACAUAGGAAGCGUCGGGAAAGUCACAAUGCAGUUGAACGUCGUCGCAGAGAUAAUAUUAAUGAAAAGAUACAAGAACUUGCUACUCUUGUUUCUGAAAGCUUAUUUAAAGAUAAAAUAGGGUCAAAUUCGGAUGUAAAAAAUUUAAACCAUUCAGAUUGUAAGUUAAAUAAAGGUGAAAUAUUACGAAAAUCUGUUGAUUAUAUUCGAAGUUUACAAAAUUAUAUUAAUGAAUUAAAUACUCGCUCUCAAUGGCUUGAAAAUGAAGUUGUUCGACUUGGUGGAGAUCUUAGUGUUAUUAAUAAGACAGAGUUGUCGCCUGAUAUUUCUUUGAAUAUUAAUGAUACUUUAAAAUCUAAUUACAGUGAUAAUAAUUCUAUUGAUUUUGAAGUUAAAAAGGAUAUUUUGAUGAACUAG